AUGUUCUCGUGGAUGGCAAGGAUGGCGGCGGCGUGUUGGCGACCGGUCCGACGGUACGCGCGAAUGAGCAAGGAUGAGGAAGAGGACGACGCUCUGCUCUGGUCCAGGGACGUGGAGCGGCACUCGGGGGGGGAGUACUCCUUCGCCGUCGUCCAGGCCAACGAGUCCCUCGAGGACUACAGCCAGGUCGAAACAGGGCGCGACGCUAUUUUCGUGGGGAUCUACGACGGCCAUGGCGGGCCGGACGCCUCGCGCUUCAUCUCCGAUCACCUCUUCGUUCAUUUGAUGAGUGAGUCAUCUCUUCUUCUUCUCCCUCCUCAUCCUCCUCUUCUUCUUCUUGAUUCCCCAUAUCAGGAAGUUCUUGUUCAUGUUGCAGGGCUUGCUCGGGAAGGAGGAACCAUCUCCGAGGAUAUCAUCAGGAGGGCGUUUUCUGCUACCGAGGAAGGAUUCCUCGCCCUGGUGAGAAGAACCCAUGAAAUAAAACCGCUGAUGGCGGCUGUCGGGUCCUGCUGCUUGGUUGGGAUCAUCUGGAAAGGCACCCUAUUCGCCGCCAACCUGGGAGAUUCUCGAGCCGUCGUUGGACGUCUGGGUAGGUCAAACGCCAUCAUCGCCGAGCAGGUGACCGAAGAACACAACGCGAGCCUGGAGAGUGUCCGACGGGAGCUCAUGGCCUCGCACCCUGAUGAUUCUCACAUCGUCGUCCUCAGGCAGGGCGUGUGGCGCAUCAAAGGCAUCAUACAGGUCAACCGCCUCUUGCUGGAAUUUGACUUCUCUGUACUUCUCGAAUUCCCCUGAAAAGGUUAUAAAUCUAGUUUCGUGCUCUGUCCUUGGGUAUUUUAUGCAUUCAUGAGACCCUUUCUAGCUUGUUCUUCAAAGAUUAGGAAUCUGACUGAAAUAUCCGAACACGGGUAUCUAAUUCACGCUGAAUCUGUUUUUGAAUCUGCGGUCUGGUAUUUGAUUCGUCGAUCUUGAAGUUAUCGUUUUGAUCUCAUCUCUGGUCUACUGCCUUAAUUCGGCCUCCGCAGGUGUCGAGAUCUAUAGGCGAUGCAUACUUGAAGAGGCCAGAAUUCCGCGUAGAUCCAUCGUUCCCCCGGUUCCGGCUGCCGGAGCCCCUCAGGCGACCCGUGCUCACGGCGGAGCCCGCCAUAUCCGUGAGGGUCCUGCGCCCGCAGGACAAGUUCUUGAUCUUCGCUUCCGACGGCCUCUGGGAGCACCUGACGAACCAGGAAGCCGCUGAACUCGUUCACAAAUACCCAAGAGCCGUACGUCGAUACCGUCCGGAGACCUCCUUCUUCCCUCUCUUCUUCUGCUGAUCCCCAUUUCUCCGGGCGUUGCAGGGGAUAGCGCGGAGGCUCGUCCGGAGGGCCCUGGAGGAGGCGAUGCGAAAGAGGGAGAUGAGGUAUGAGGACCUCAAGAAGAUCAAGAAGGAGGCACGCCGCUUCUUCCACGACGACAUCACGGUGGUCGUCGUGUUCAUCGACAGUGAGUUCUCGCCGGGACAAACCGCCGGAGGAUGCCAGAUGUCUGUCCGAGGCUUCGUCGAUUCCGCCGGGCCCUCAGAAUUUUCUAUAUUGGAUGGGAUGUGA